AGAAGAAAAGAGAAUCAAUGAAGGAGACCUCGAUGCGAUGGGCAGUAUAAGUUCAUUUCUGUUCGUUGGCUCGAGUGCAGACGUUGUCCGUUGAUCGUCGUCUUCGUCUUCGUCCUAGUCUUCGUCUUCGUCUUCGUGCCUUUUAAUUUGUCGCGUUAUAGAUCAUCCUCGUCGUCGUCGUUGUCGUCCUCGUCGUCGUUGUUUGCGACCGCGUUUCUUACAAAUUCACGUUCAUUCGAAAAAGACUUUCGGUUCUCUUCGACCGUGUAGUGUCGUCUUACGGUUUCACCUUGCCACUUUCUAUCCGAUUGCGUUUGUUAGUUCUACCUCUUACUCCCUUCUUUCCCCUCGAGAUCGCUUCUCUGUCACUUUCGACGAAAGUAAAAAUUUGACGAGUAGUUUACGAGAUGUCCGGCAUAUGAGUUUUCGCGCGCUCUUUGACAUCCAUAGUUUAACGGGAAUUUAACGUAAAAAUCAUCGUGAAUUUCUUUUAUUUUUCAUUCGAAAAAAAUAUAAAAGAAAGAGAAAAAGAAGAGAGGAAGACAAAAAAGAAGACAAAAAGAUCGAGGUUUCUGUUAGUUUUCUUGAGAGGUGGACGUCUUGUCAUCUUCGUCAGCAGUAAAGUGGACGAAACUGAUUUGGAUAUUGGAAGAAAAAAAGAAAAAGAAAAUUGGACAAAAUGUUAGCAAAACUCUUUGAGGUACAUGGCAGAUUUUGUGCUAGUCAUCCGUUAGAGGUGAUUGUAACAACAUUGACUCUAACAGCUUGUAUGUUGAACAUGGAUACUGGAAAUGGACAAACUCACGAUGCUGAUGUUCUACCAAUAACAGUAAAUUGUCGGCAUGGUCGAUGUAAUCCUGACGAUUUGAACGCUGUGGAAAUUAUAGUAAUGACUAUAAUAAGAUGUCUCGCAAUCCUUUUUACAUAUCAUCAAUUUCGAAAUCUUCAGAAACUUGGUUCAAAAUAUAUAUUAGGUAUCGCUGGCUUAUUUAUAAUUUUUUCAAGCGUAAUAUUUACAUCUAGUGUCAUAAAUUUUGGUCGUAGCAUCUUCGAUCUAAAGGAUGCACUCUUCUUUUUCUUACUAUUGAUUGAUCUUUCGAAAGCUGCUAUAUUAGCACAGUUCGCAUUAAGUUCAAGAAAUCAAGAAGAAGUACGCACUAAUAUUGCACGCGGUAUGUCUCUUUUGGGUCCAACCAUAACAUUGGAUACUCUAGUCGAAACACUUCUUAUUGGAAUAGGCUCUUUAUCAGGGUUUAAACGAUUAGAGACACUCUGCAGUUUUGCAUGUCUUGGUGCAAUUGUAAAUUACGUCGUGUUCUUGACAUUCUAUCCCGCGUGCUUAUCACUCAUUCUCGAGCUUUCUCGAGGAAGUCACACUAUGGGUCCAUUAACUGCAGAUAAGAUUUUUAUGAUGUAUUCUAUAAACGAAGAGGAACAAAAACCAAAUCCUGUAGUAGAACGUGUUAAAUUAAUUAUGAUUGCUGGUUUAUUCGUGGUUCAUGCAAACAGCCGUUGGCCAUUUAAAAGUAGUGGAAGUGAGCAUACAGUGGAAGGUGCAAUUCCAACCAACUCACAUAUUGUAGUAAACGCAUAUAACGAAACAGAUAAACAUUCAGAGAUUAAAGAAUAUUUAAUGAAUUGGUUAUCAGUUAGUGCGGAAAAUAUAGUUAUAUUAAUUCUACUUCUGGCAUUGGCCAUUAAAUUCAUUUUCUUUGAAGAUAAAGGAGACAUAGCAAAACAAUUGAGAUUCCAAGAAAAUAAUACAGAGAACAUAAUUGAAUCAGAAACUAUUACUACAGAAAAGAUGGAUAUUUCAUUAAGGCGACGGUUCGAAGGUACAAUGUCUAUUCAACGAUCAGUCUUUCCAUUAUCCGAAAUAAAUAAUGAUUGGAUAGAAGUAAUAAACGAACAUAACGUAGAACUUGUUGAUAAAGAAAUACAAACUGAUGAAAAAAUAAAUUCUACGGAUACAUCAAGUAAUAAAGAUUCAUCACACCAGCUUAUUGAACCAAGAAAUUUAGAAGAGUGUCUUGAAAUUUAUCGAUCUGAACUUGGAACAAACGCACUAACGGAUACAGAGAUCAUUAAUUUAGUACAAAAUAAAUAUAUACCUGCAUAUCAAUUGGAAAAAGCUGUUGGAGAUAUGGAAAGGAGUGUCGGUAUCAGACGACUCUUAUUAAGCACUACUGGAAAUUUUACUGAUGAUUUACUGGAAAUACCAUAUAAAAAUUAUGACUACUCAAAAGUACUAGGAUCCUGUUGUGAAAAUGUUAUUGGUUAUGUACCAGUACCUGUUGGCAUUGCCGGACCUUUAUUAAUCGAUGGAGAAUAUUUUCACGUUCCUAUGGCUACGACCGAAGGUUGUUUAGUGGCAUCUACUAAUCGUGGUAGUAGAGCAUUAUUAAAAUGUGGAGUGACAAGCCGUCUACUAGCAGAUGGUAUGACAAGAGGACCGGUUGUUCGGUUUCCGAACAUCGUCAGAGCAAGCGAAGCCAUGUCAUGGAUGCAAACUCAAGAAAACUUUCAAAAAAUGAAAGUUAGUUUUGAUCAAACUAGCAGAUUUGCUAGAUUGAUUAAAAUCCAUGUACGAAAUGCAGGAAGACAUUUAUUUAUUCGUUUCGUAGCCAAAACUGGCGAUGCUAUGGGAAUGAACAUGCUUUCAAAGGGAACAGAAAAAUCUCUACAGACAGUGCAAUCAUAUUUCCCUGAUAUGGAAGUUUUAUCUCUCAGUGGUAAUUUCUGUACAGACAAAAAAUCAGCCGCUGUAAAUUGGAUUGAAGGUAGAGGUAAAAGUGUAGUUUGUGAAGCAGUGGUGCCAUCAGAAAUAGUGACAAAUGUACUAAAGACAUCUGUUCAUGCAUUAGUGGAUGUCAAUAUAAGCAAAAAUUUGAUAGGAUCAGCAAUAGCGGGUAGCAUAGGAGGAUUUAAUGCUCAUGCCGCAAAUAUAGUGACUGCCAUUUUUAUAGCUACUGGACAAGAUCCUGCACAAAAUGUGACCAGUAGCAAUUGCAUGACACUGAUGGAACCAUGGGGACCAGAUGGUACAGAUUUAUAUGUCUCUUGCACAAUGCCAAGUAUUGAAAUAGGCACCGUGGGAGGUGGAACAGGACUUCCAGCACAAAGUGCGUGUUUAGCUAUGUUAGGUGUAAAAGGAGCAAAUAUAGAACAACCAGGUGAAAAUGCCAGUAGAUUAGCAAGGAUAGUUUGUGCCACAGUGCUUGCAGGAGAAUUAUCUCUAUUGGCUGCUCUAACAGCUGGACAUUUAGUCAAAAGUCAUCUUAGGCAUAACAGAUCAUCGACAACAGUAAGUAAUCCAAUGAGCAUUGUGCAAAGUACUAAAGAAGAAAAACUAUCAGUACCAAGUAUAUCACUACCUUCACCAAAACAGUGUUCAGAAUAUUAAAGUAAGUUUUAGUAUUAUUUAUGGUAUACCUUUUAAUGUGGUUAUGAAGAAAAGAAAGGUAAUACUGUAUGAACUAUCACAUUAUUUUUUGUCUCCCAAAGAAAUACAAUGUUAAAAUA